AUGGCGAACACGGCUCAUCUCGUCCGUCGGCAAAGUUCCCGCGACCUCAAGCCCCAGAAGAGCAUCGAUAAGCUCGAGAUGAAAGAAAUGCGUGGUAGAUUAGUGGUGGAUAGUCGAAAGAACAUCACCACUGCCAAUUACGGGGCCACCAACGCGGCCUUCGAGGACAAUAGUCCUAACAAAAGCAAAUUGGGAAACAACGGCGGCACCGGCAACAACGACGGCAAGGCGACUUUCCGGCCGGAAGCGGGCGAGGAUGAGCGCGAAAAUUGGGACAGUAAGCUCACUUUCCUCCUGGCGACCGUAGGAUACGCAGUAGGUCUUGGAAAUGUCUGGCGGUUCCCGUAUUUGGCUCAGAAGAAUGGCGGAGGCGCUUUUCUAAUCCCUUACUUUGUGAUGCUGGCUAUCGAGGGUAUUCCUAUAUUUUACCUGGAAUUAGCGAUCGGUCAGAGACUGAGAAAAGGCGCCAUUGGUGUGUGGAACCAGGUAUCUCCGUACAUGGGCGGUAUCGGACUCAGCAGCGCCGUAGUCUCCUUCAACGUGGCCCUCUACUACAACACUAUUAUCGCCUGGUGCCUAUUCUACUUUGUUCAGAGUUUCCAGUCGCAGCUACCUUGGGCGGAGUGUCCCAAUAGGUACUUUCAAAAUGGAUCUUACGCGCCUGAACCCGAGUGUUUGGUUAGUAGCCCGACGCAAUAUUUCUGGUAUCGAACCACCCUGAUGAUAUCCAAGGACAUCAACACCCCGGAACUGUUCAACUGGAAGAUAGGCUUGGCACUGAUCAUCGCUUGGAUUCUCGUUUACAUGUGCAUGAUCAAAGGAAUCGCCUCUUCGGGAAAGGUCGUAUAUGUAACUGCUACGUUUCCGUACAUCGUCCUGAUUAUCUUCUUCUUCCGGGGCGUCACCUUGCCGGGCAUGUCGGACGGCCUGCGGCAUCUCUUCACGCCGAAGUGGUGGACGUUGACCGACCCGGUAGUCUGGCUAGAGGCUGGCACGCAGAUCUUCUUUUCCUUGGGUUUAGCUUUCGGAGGUCUGAUAGCGUUCUCCUCGUACAAUCCGGUAAACAAUAACUGUUACCGCGACGCCAUUAUGGUCAGCUUGACCAACUGCUUCACGUCCAUGUUUGCCGGCAUCGUCGUCUUCUCGAUCAUAGGAUUCAAGGCCACCAUGGUUUACGAGCAAUGCCUAUUGGAAAGGAAUAGCACGUUGACGGAUAUCUUCGGCCAACCCGACAAGAUACCCAAUGAUAUUCCAAUUGCCGGCGUUUUGUUGAACAUCACGAACACUAACGGAUCAUUGGAUAACUUGAUAAUGCCGGAACUGCCCGAAUGCGACCUGCAGAAAGAACUGGAUAACUCGGCGUCGGGCACCGGUUUGGCCUUUAUCAUCUUCACCGAGGCGAUCAAUCAAUUUCCCGGCGCACAGUUCUGGUCGGUGCUGUUCUUCCUAAUGUUGUUCACGCUGGGGAUCGAUUCUCAGUUCGGUACUCUGGAAGGUGUCGUCACCAGCAUCGUCGAUAUGAAGCUCUUCCCAAAUCUGAGAAAGGAAAUUCUCACAGGUGCAAUUUGUCUGGUGUGUUGCAUGAUCUCUAUGGCCUUCGCUCACGGAGCUGGUAGUUACGUCUUCGUUCUCUUCGACAGCUUCAGCGGCAACUUCCCGUUGCUUAUAAUCGCAUUCUUCGAGUGUAUAGGUGUGUCUUAUGUCUACGGUCUAAAGAGAUUCGCCGACGACAUUGAACUGAUGACCGGCAACCGGCCUGGCCUCUAUUGGCUCAUAUGUUGGAAGUACCUGAGUCCAUUGGCAAUGUUGAGUAUCUUGAUCGCGUCCUUCGUGGAGAUAUUUUUUGAAGGUAGCGGAUAUCCGGCCUGGGUAGCGAGCAAAGGCAUCACCGAAAGGCACGAGUGGCCUGUCUGGGCGCUAUUUCUCAUCGCAAUCCUCAUUCUCACCUCCGUUCUAUGGAUACCCGUAGUCGCUAUUUGCAGAUAUUUCGGAAUCCUCAUCAUCGACGACAACGAAAAGGCCUGGUUCCCCGCGGCGGACCUGAAGGAAUUCCACGGAAUUGUGCCGCACGAGGUGACGGCGGCCGAGACGCUGUUGUUCUGCAUCAGGAGCGACGGUUCCGAAGGCCUGUGUUGCCCUACGGGCGGUCCCAGUGACGACGAGGACGAGGAACUCACCUAGGAUCGAUCUCUGUCGCGACGCGCGUUCCGAUGGAUCUCGUCGGCUCGGGAUACGCUCCACUUCAUUCUGUGACGUGUCCAUCUUCGGCUGCCGCUUGGUCGAGAGCGGCUGCCGCACAUCUCGACGAACCUGUUCGUUCGAAUCGUAGUCAGCGCAUCCGCGUGGUAGGAUCUUGUCUAUUGUGUCAAUUAAAAGCUUCGGCGGUAGGAAUCUACUAUCGUUUCUUCAUAGUUCUUCAAGGUCGCAGAUGCACUCGUAUAUUAGGAGACUCAUUUCGCUCGUUUCAGUCGGCUCCAAUAGCUAAAAGGUAGCCGUCGAAGAUCCUAGAUUUCUUCUCGGGGUUUCACAGUUCUCCAAUUAAAGGAGCGAAGUACCCAGUGAGACGAUACACCGGCAAGAAUGCACGUGCCGAUCACGAACUCGAGUGUAUCUCCGCCUGAAAGAUUUGAAGAUCCCCUGUUUGAGUUUCCCAAGUCACAUUAACUAUACGCGAAAUGGCAUCUGAAGUUUCGGAUAAUGAGAAGUUUUAGGCAACCAUCCGUGCACACACAUGUACGCACACACGUAUACACACGCACGCACACACGUAUACAAAUACAUACAUGAUUUCGAACGAACGUCACAAUCGCGCGUCGCGUGGCAGGAUAAGUGGGAGGUGAUCUUUCACGGGAUGAUCGCCGGCUAUAACGAGUUAACGAUGAAACAUUUACCCUUUAGCGAUUGCGAUUAACGUCAGAUUUAACGUAAGAUUAGCGGUAGGAGCCGUCCAGUGGACUUGGGUGGGUGUACCCGUUGUUUUAGAUAGGUAGCCUUGGAUCAGCAGAGCGGUUGGCUCCUUAGAUCUAUGGAUAUAUUUGUAAGGUUGAGCUUCGGGUGAUUCUCUAUCGAUAUCUCUCUACAGAUCCAAUGAAUGUAACUAACUUAAGGGUUCAGGAACUAGUGUGGGAGCACACGAGUUCCUAGUGAGCUAAGACGCAUUCAAGCAUUUUCGGAUGUCAGGAUGUAAAUGUCGGAGAACCCAAAGGUCUAAGGAUCCGGGGGGGAACUCUACGAAUCCACCGAUUAAUUACAUCGAUUAAUUACAUACCGAUCGAUAACGUGACAAUAAUGAAUUUAGCAUAAAAAAGGUAAAAUUGAUGACAAUAAUAAUUGGACUAUAAAAUUAUGCUUGACAAUAAAUACUAAUUAAAAGAUCCGCGCAGCAUAUGAUGCGCAUUUGGGCGAGCCCAGGGAGAACCGGGAAAGAAACUCCUUCGAUUGAUUCAUCCUGCAAAGAAAAGAAAAACCGGUCUCUCAGGGCGAAGUGGAAUUAUCAUCAUCCGGUCCUCGUAGGUUAAUUCAUUGAUUAGCGGGUCAAUUGUUAUCUUGAUUUCUAUGCUGUUGCGCGUGUUCAAAUUCGACCUGACACGACAGAGACAUUUUCUUUUUCAAUAGUUGGACGGUAGGUCCAACUAUUGAACAAUAGAGAUGAACAUACGUAAUCGCGCUUGUGAUGGCGGGGAGAAGUCCAGGUCGAAGUUGAACACAGACUGUUCCCAGACAGCACAUAUGUCCAAAACUGGGACAUAAGACGUCUUUAAGACAUCUUUAAGUCAUCUUUAAGAUGUCUGAAAAUAAGACAUCUUUAAGUCGUCUUAAAGACGUCUUAUGUCCCAGUUUUGGACAUUGUGCUGUCUGGGUUGUUUCUGAAAGUUUCAUGAGAUCUUCCUGUUCGUACUUCCCCGCGACGAUACUCGCGGCAGCCUGAUAUCUUCCGCGGUGAUACUUUGAAACGUAACUCUUUGCACUCUGAAUAAUUAUAUCCAUGUUGAAAGAAUAAUGAUACAUAUAUAUGUGCGUUACAUUAUUUUAUAUAGGGAAACGUUACCUCUAUAGUUAACACUGUACUUCCUAUGCAAAUAUAGCAAAUAUAAAUACGGGCCUCUCAUUCUAAUUGACGCGCAGGUGAGACUAACGAGAGUUUUAUAGCUUCACGUUGAAACGAAAAAGUGCAGAGAGUUAACGGAUUUUCAUGACUAAUUGGUUGUGGAGUAUUCGCCUAAAACGUACAAAUGUCAAUACGGACAAUAAGUAGGCUUUCGUUCUCUCUUUCGGGUUAUCUAUUAGUAAAAGUAAGCAGAAACAUAACUGCAUUAGCGAUCGUUAAGUGACUAAUUAUUAAAUAAUGACAAUAGGAAUCAUCAAUUAAAGUGAUGGGCAUCGUCAUCGAUUAAUCAAUGACGAGAAACAAGCCAUAUCUUGAUAUCAUAUCAUUUGUUACACUAUAAUAGUUUUUUAUCUCGUAUACUCAUUCGAUCUCCCUUCGCAAAAAAAAGAGAAAAAUUUUUUGGAUAUCAAAGAAUUUUUUCAGAUUUUAAGCUUAAUUGUGAUGAUUACUGUCUCUUUGCCGUUUGAUUUGGUGAAUAUAUGUCGCGUAUUUUUAUAACUAAAAAGAAACUAAUUUUUGUGACCAAGAAAACUAAUCUUCCAUCUGGUAUCUCCAAAUUUUCACAGUAUUCUGUGAUACGACAAAUUCGAAAUUUAAUUCGAUUCAGGGGACACGAACGCAAAAGAAUAAAACUAGAAGGGGGACGUUACAGCUGUUCAUUAUCACGACGACUGCUGCAGUUAUCAUUGGGGCUACAAAAAGUGAUCUACCUGUCAGACUUUUGUUAAUCGUAUAUUGUCAGUGUAGCUUGCGCAAUAAUUCAGGAGAUACACCGGCGACGGACAGUAAUAACAAAUAAUUAUUAUGUACGAUUGCGACAAUUGCGAUAUAUAUAUAUACAAUGAUAUUGCGUAUACGUAAAACUGUACAUAUAUAUAUAUACAUAUAUGAAUAUAUUGUUGUCAGUUGAAUGUUGAAAUAAAUACCUUGAGUGGAUUUAGCCUUUUCAUUUUGAUAUUUUGACAUUGGUACGCUAAAAUGAGACAGAAAUGUCCUCUCUUAGCAUAUGAUAAUAACACAAGCAGUUUCAGCUAGAAAAUAAAUAAUUUAUUGUUAAUAGUAAAACGGGAGUUACAUACUACAUAUAUAUGAGCACUUCAUAACUAUUAUAUUAUCCUAUAUUUCUCUUUUAUCCAUUGAACUAGAGCGUUGCAUUAACUCUAGAGUUUUCGAAAGUUUUCAUUCAAAUCUUUGAACAUAUCAAUUUUAUAUUUUUAUCGAAUGCAACUACUGCGUUACGGAAUCAAUCGAAUUUUUACGAACC